AUGUCGAGUGAAGGAGAGUUGGAGGGUAGUAGUGGUGUAGGUANAGUAGGUAUUGGGGGCCGGAAGGCUUUGCGGACGCCGAAGUGCGCGCGGUGCCGCAACCACGGGGUGAUCUCCUGCCUGAAGGGGCACAAGAGGCUGUGCCGCUGGCGCGACUGCCGCUGCCCCGGCUGCCUGCUGGUGCUGGAGCGGCAACGGGUUAUGGCCGCGCAGGUGGCUCUGCGCCGGCAGCAAGGCGCGAGCGGCGCCGAGCCGGGCGACAGCGAGGCCGCAGCUUUGGCGGCGCGCAAGAGGGCUUACCGCGCCAGGCUCCGCUGCGUGCAGAUGGCCAGAACUUAUCCACCUAUCUACGAGAAUCUGAGGCUAGUCAGCCACGACCCCGCGUGGAGCGAGCGAGUGCGCCGGCGCAGGGCGUUCGCGGACGCGGAGUUAGAACGCGGUGCGCCCGCCCAGCCUGCCGCCGCCUUCUGCCGGCACCUGCUGGCGGCGCUGCUCACCAACUACGCGCCCGUGCCCUCGCAGCCGCAGCGGCAGAAAAUAUCCUUCUCCAUCGAAUCCAUUAUUGGCGUUCAGUCCAAUUAAUAAUGUACUUGGAGGUUGGAGGAUGCGGAAAACACUCGCUCUCCGUUUUAUAGAUGCUGUCAGUAAUGCGUACCUAUUACAGCAGGUUGAGGUAUCUAACUAAGGUUAUGAUAUUCUAAACAAAUGGAUUGGAAUUUAAACUUUCAAGAAUUAAAUAACUCAAAAAUAAAAUCAAAGCCCGUGAUUGGUUCAACAUUUAAAUUCAACCGAUCACUGCUAACUUGAAUAUCUAAAUCGAUUUUUUAGCUGCAUUUUAGCAUACUGUACAGCCACAUACAUACCAUCAUUGGUUUCAGAAGUGCGAAUUAGAUUACAUGACAAGUGGACUUCAGCUGAUUUUAGUUUCUAUGAUCUCGAUACUUAAAAGUACAGAAGGCCAAAGAAAACAAACAAGUAUUCGAACAAUGAGUGCUUUAUUAACGAUGCUUUUUUAAGAAUGUCUAUUGUGAGGUCUGUAUGUUACAACCGAAACUUAAAUGUUAACUCACUAAGUUUUAUACCAUUAUGUUAAGAGUCAGUCGCCUAAGACAUCUGCAUACUGUAACAUGUAAUUGAUGUCUAACAGUUGAAACUGUGAGUACAGAAAUAUGAUUGUGAGAGAGUACCGUCAACAAUACAACAAACUGAUGAUUUUCUGUUGAGCAGCCAUUAGUUCUUCACUUACUAGUAUUACAAAUCUAAGCUUGGUAUACCGUUGGCCGUACUAUACAAUAAUAAUAUUAUGUAUAUCUAUCUGAAGUACUUGUAGUUAAUGUAAUGUUUUUCUUAUUAACGUUCAAUAUGUGAUAUCAUCUUCAGUAAGAAACGUUUAAAAAAAUCUGUACUCAACUUGUAUAGGAAUAGUGGUUAUCAAAUUGUUACAAUUAGACAACAAUUUAUUUCAUGAUCAUAAAGACAGUAAUUUAUUAAUACUAAC